AGACAUGAAAACUGGCCUUUGAAAAGGUUAGGCAGUACAUGAUUAUUCAAAACAACUAGAAGCAAAAUGGCAACAACAAAAAAAUCACAAGGAAGUUCCAAACAAGGGAUGUUCACACAGUAGUGGGGGCUUCCUGAACACAGGUUCCUGUAUAGUCUAGGACCGUAGAGAGUUUUGCCUGGGCCCUGGGGAUAGUAUGACUUCACAGUCAAAUGUCUCAGAACAAGGCUGGCUUUUCAGGUUUGGCUUUGCUGCGUGUUGUGUGCUGUUCUUCUGAGUGGCAGGUGUGAGACUUUGUUUGAACAUGCUGUCCAGAGUACCUCUCAGGAGUUAUCUCUUACACACACCUUCAGAUUGGACUUUAAUUCUUGGAGACAGCAGAAAAUGAACGACACAUUCCCCCUAACCAGAAAGAAGAAGUGAAGGAGUGGGAAGAUCGUUGGAGAGAAGAGAGAGAGAGAGAGACUGAAGAGGGUCUAAACUGAAGGAGUGGGGAGAUCGUUGGAGAGAAGAGAGAGAGAGAGAGAGAGACUGAAGAGGGUCUAAACUGAAGGAGUGGGGAGAUCGUUGGAGAAGAGAGAGAGAGAGAGACUGAAGAGGGUCUAAACUGAAGGAGUGGGGAGAUCGUUGGAGAGGAGAGAGAGAGAGAAACUGAAGAGGGUCUAAACUGAAGGAGUGGGGAGAUCGUUGGAGAGAAGAGAGAGAGAGAGAGACUGAAGAGGGUCUAAACUGAAGGAGUGGGGAGAUCGUUGGAGAGAAGAGAGAGAGAGCGACUGAAGAGGGUCUAAACUGAAGGAGUGACCAGAGAGGAUACUUAUUGCAGACACCAUGUCUGUCUCCACCACCAAACAGGAGAGAACCCUGUGUGUUCUGCUCCCUAAUAAAGAACAGCUGGACAUCACUGUGGGGGUCAAGUCCACAGGGCAGGAUGUGUUCAAUCAGGUGUCUGAGCUCCUUGGAAUAAAAGAGCUGCACUUCUUUGGCCUGACAGUGGUGAAGGACAAUGAGCACAUCUUUCUGGACAUGGAAGAUAAGCUGACCAAGUAUUUCCCUAAGGAAUGGAAGCAAGAUUCAGGGAAGGGGUUACAGAAGAGAUCCCUCCCCCUGGUACUCUGCCUCAAGGUGCAGUACUAUGUGGAGAACGGCAGGCUCAUCUGUGAGCGGAAGGCGAGGCGUCUGUACUUCUCUGACCUGAGGGAGAGGGUGUUGCGUUCUGAGUGUCGUCAGCAGGAGGAGGUGUACUUCCAGCUGGCUGGGUAUGCUCUUCAAGCUGACCUGGAGGACCAUCCCCUGCCUGGGAAGAACCAGGGAGGUACCCGCUACUUCCAACCCAAAGAGUACUUCCCUCCCUGGAUUGUGGCGAAGCGUGGGGUGGACUACCUGCUCUGUCACGGUCCCAAGGUACACAAGGAGCUAUGGGGCAUGACGCCACGUGAUGCGGUACUCCACUUCAUCAAAGAGGCCUGUCGUCUCGAGGACGUCCCCGUCACCUUCUACAGGCUACAGAAGGACAAGAAAGAAGAGAGAGGCACAGCUCUGCUGGGGCUGACCCUCAGAGGAAUGCAGCUUUAUCAGGAGGCGGACAACAUCCGCCAGCUUCUCUAUGAUUUCCCCUGGUCCAACGUGGGACGACUCACCUUCCUGGGAAAGAAAUUUGAGAUCCAGCCAGAUGGUUUGCCGUCGGCCAGGAAGCUGGUCUACUACACUGGGUCUCCGUUUCGCUCGCGCCACCUCCUCCUGCACCUCAGCAACAGCCACCGACUCUACCUCAGUCUCCAGCCUGCCCUCAAACACCUCCGACAGCUGGAGGACAGCGAGGAGAAGAAGCGCUACAGGGAGUCGUACAUCAGUGAUGACCUGGAUCUAGACCAUCCAGGGGGCAGCGAGGGGGGCAGCCCCGGCCUGUCCCGACACUCUACCUCCAGCUCGGGCAUCGAGGCAGACCGCGAUGCGACACGGCAACACAGCAGCAUCUCCAUGGAGAUGGCGUCCAUGGAGGAGGAGACUGAGCUGAGGAAGAGGAUGGAGAAGUGUUUCAGUUCGGCAGCGAGUCACGGGAGUUCUCACACUUCGGGCGUGGACACGGGCAGCAAAGCACGCACUGAUGAAGAGGAGUGGCAGGAGGAAGUAUUCUCCUCUCCAGAGACCCAGCAGGCCAGUCUGGACAGUCCAGGAGAGGUUUCCGUGGACGACCCAGAGGAAAUGCUGAGAUUGGCUGAGCUGAUGGAGGGCGUGUCGGUUGAUUGUCCCGUGCUCACCUCGGAGACUCAUUGUGAAGGAUCAAAGGGGGAUCAGGUAGACAGAGAUGAAGACCUGGUGACACUACGCAGCAAAGAUACCCUGGGACAGAUCCUGAAGUCAAGAUCCCAUUGCGUGGACCGCCACAGCCAGAGCCUGGAUGACGUUCGCCUCUUCCCCCCUCCCGCCCCCCUCGGCACGACUCUACCCCCUGACUCCUCCCACAGCUACACCUUUGGCCUGCCCCUCCCGGACUCCCAGAGUGAUGCUAAGAGCCCCCCAGGGUGUAACAACGGAGGCUACUACCUCCCCCUCCACUGCCCGGCUAAGGGCACCUUCUAUGGACACAGGUCUAUGAACUGCCUGUCUCUGGAUCUACUGGGAGACGAACAGCUGUUGGAGUUCAUACUGUAGAACAACACAGAGGACCAAUGUCCUUCUUCAAGCAUAUUCUCUACCCACAUCUCCCUCCAAUGAAACUGUAGGAUACAGGGGAGUGGCUGCAUGCAGCUAGAGUUCUAACUGUAGAACAACACAGAGGACCAAUGUCCUUCUUCAAGCCUAUUCUCUACCCACAUCCCCCUCCAAUGAAACUGUAGGAUACAGGGGAGUGGCUGCAUGCAGCUAGAGUUCUAACUGUAGAACGUAAUGUUUUUACACUACCGGGCUGAACUGUACUGGCCUGGUCACAUCAAGGACCAUGGAGGGCCCUCUUCAUGCCUGUGUUCUACUGUAUGACUCAGAUACAGGGGAGAGGCUGCACAGAGAUGUUGGAGGACUUUAUGCACCUUUUUAAGAGGAUUGAUUGGUAUUGGUAGCAUUCAUUGUGAAACGGAAGGAGGUCAUCACCUUCAAUAAUCAUCCCAAUACAGACCAUACUCUACAUAUUUAUUGAACAUGUUUGACACUAUUUUUGUUUUACCUUUUGUAGAUACUUUGUACAUAAUUGUCUUAUAUUUUCAACUAUUUUACUAUAUAUUUUUACUUUGAGGUACUAACACAUUGUAACCAUUUCAAUAACUGUAAAUAUAGGGGUGAACAUUGCAUUUCUUCAGUUUCUUAAUUGGUGUUUGUGUGAAUCGUGGUUUGAACCAGGAGUAUCUCUAGAAGUACUUUAUGGUCUAUUGUGAAGAGCAAAGGACUUUACUGCACGUUGACAUCCUGUGUAAAUUUAAAUGUAUCAUCAUUACAUUAUUAAAAAUAACAAACAGCAUUUUUAAUCUUAUGUUUUGCUUUUGUUUCCCUUGUAUGUCAGUUUUUAAAAAAUAUAUAUAUAUUUUUUUCCAUUUUCCAAUUAAGAACAUUCAAAACAAAAGUGAGAAGAUAUUAGACAACGAUAGUUUGUCUAUAAAAACAAAAUUCUCUGAAAUGAACAUCACAUAUACAAGAUUGUAUUUUGUCGCGAUAAUGUUUGAUGAUAUUACAAGUCUGCCAUAGCUGCCACAAUGUUUGUCCUUUUUUUUUAAAUACAAAACUCAAAAAAUGAAAUUGUAAAAAACAGUUCAACAUGCUUGCACUGCUUGUCAAUAGUACAUUUCUAUUAAUUAUAUUUCUAAAUGUUUUCUUUCUAAUGUUUUUACUUUCUCUCUAAGUAGAGCAGCACAUUAUGAGCUAUUUCUGUGUCUUCAUGCAUACACUGGAAUGAUUAUAUAAAUAAAGUAAUGACAAAGAA